AUGGCUCACUCUCACCCCCUGAGUAUUCUCUCCAUCGAAGAGACCAAUUUGGCCCGUGAUGUGGUCAAGGCUGCUCAUCCAAACGUCGUGAUUGACUUUCGGGAGAUCUUCCUACAAGAACCACCCAAAGCUCAGCUCCUGGAAUUUCUGGCGUUAGAACAUGCCGGUCGCUUGAGCCCGACCACCUCACGACCCCCGCGUCUCGCUCUGUGCCAAUAUGAUGUGAUCGGAACGGACCGAAUUCCUCAAUUUCACGAAUCGGUGAUCGAUGUGGUUUCACAAUCGCGAGUGAACCACACGGUUGUGGGGAAAGAACAUCAUGCCAGUUUGACUUUGAAUGAAUUCGAUGUUCUCGUUGAUCAAUGUAUGAAAUCACCACUAUUCCAACAAGCAUUGUCCGAAUUCGACCUUCCAGAAGGCUUUGAGGUCGUGAUUGAGCCAUGGCCGUACGGUGGCUUGGACCACACCGACGAAAAUCGUCGCUUUUUCCAGGGACUUUGUUUCGCUCAGGACAAACGUUCUGGGAAUGAAGACUCCAACUUUUAUUCUUUCCCCUUGCCCGUCAUCCCCGUUAUGGACGCCCAUACCCAAGAAAUCAUCCGGGUAGACCGACCCGCUACGGGCGGGAAAGGUGAUGGACUACUUGAACAGACCUUUAAGCGGGAUAUCAUUGGCCAUUGCAAGCCCUCUGAAUACGUACCAGAACUGUUACCUGAGGGUACCCGUCAGGAUCUCAAACCAUUGAAUGUGGUCCAACCUGAGGGUCCUUCCUUCCGAGUCACCAACGAAUCUCUGGUAGAAUGGCAGAAGUGGCGGUUCCGUGUUGCUUUCAACCCACGAGAGGGUGCAACCAUCCACGAUGUGAUGUAUGAUGGUCGCAGUGUGAUGCACCGACUAGCCGUCAGCGAAAUGACUGUCCCUUACGCUGAUCCCCGUCCCCCUUACCACCGGAAACAGGCCUUUGACUUUGGCGACGGUGGCGGCGGAAAUAUGGCUAACAACCUCUCGCUCGGCUGCGACUGUCUCGGAGUCAUUAAAUACUUUGAUGCCAUUAUCACCCAGCCAGACGGUACGGCCCAGACCCUUCCAAAUGCGAUUUGUCUCCAUGAGCAGGACAAUGGAAUUGGCUGGAAACACUCCAACUGGCGCACCGGACGCGCUGUCGUCACACGGAACCGGGAGCUUGUUGUCCAGUUUAUCAUCACACUGGCCAACUACGAAUACAUUUUCGCAUAUAAAUUCGAUCAGUCCGCUGGUAUUACGGUUGAAGCCCGCGCAACAGGCAUCUUGAACGUGGUCAAUAUCGAUACUGGGAAGGUCAGUGAGUACGGAAAUGUGGUUAGCGGCGGUGUUCUCGCUCAGAACCAUCAGCACAUUUUCAAUAUACGAAUUGAUCCAGCCAUCGAUGGCCCCAACAACUCCGUGGUCGUGGAGGAAUCCCACCCAGUCCCAAUGAAUGCGGCAACCAACCCGAACGGAAACUUCUAUGAAAUCACCAAGCAGACCGUCGAGCGUGCAUCUUGGAUCGAUGCCGCUCCGCAGCUCAACCGGACCAUCAAGAUGAUCAAUCCUCAUAUAAAGAAUCCCAUCAGUGGAAACCCCGUGGGAUAUAAAUUCAUUCCGCUGGCCACUCAAACUCUCCUGGCUGACCCUGCAUCGGUACAAGCCCGCCGAGCUCAAUUUGCUCAGCACCACGUUUGGGUCACGAAGUAUCGCGACGGGGAGCUCUAUGCUGGAGGUCGUUAUACUUUACAGAGCCAAAAUGAAGUUGAAGGUGUCUCAGAUGCUGUUCUCCGGGGUGACUCUGUGGUUGACACCGACGUGGUGGUGUGGAACUCUUUCGGCAUUACGCACAAUCCUCGCGUAGAAGAUUGGCCCGUGAUGCCCGUCGAGAUUUUCCAGCUCAUGAUCCGGCCCGCGGACUUUUUUGCAGCCAACCCGUCGCUUGAUGUCCCUUCAAACAAGAAUGUGUCGUCACGGCUAGCUGACUCGGAAUGCUGCCGGAAGUCACACAUCUGA